UUUCUUCCAGUCCUAUGCUGUGGAAGUAGAUGUGAGAGACGCCUCUAAUGCUACAUGCUUAUAUGCACAAUGGAUGAUGAGUUUUUCAAUAAAAUAUGAAACAAACAGUAGUGAUUAUAAAAAUGCAACCUUGAGUUUGGGAUCCAAUGUGACGCACAAUGGAAGCACCUGCGGUAACGACGCCCAAGCUGCACUCUUGGCAAUACAGUUUGGAGAAGGUCACUCCUGGAGCGUUAACUUUACAAAAACAAAUGAAACGUACCAGUCAGACUUCAUCACGUUUACCUACAAUACCAACGAUGCUGCUGUGUUUCCAGAUGCCAAAAGAAAAGGACCAAUUACCAUUGUUGUAAAGGAUACUAUGCGUCCAGUUCAACUGAAUAACGUCUUUGUGUGUCAUAAUACUGACUCUGUUGAAGCAGAAAAUGUAACACAGAUCUUCUGGAAUGUCACUCUGCAGGCUUUUGUUCAGAAUGGCACAAUUGGAAAAAAAGAGUCCAGGUGUGAUGCUGAUGCACCUACUUCUGCACCUACUGUUGUGCCUACUGCUGCCAACAAAACUACUCCAUCGACCACCACUUUGUCACCUGCUCCAACCUCUACUCCCAAACCUAUGGAGAAUCCAGUCACAGGAAACUAUUCUCUUAAAAGUGGAAAUACAACCUGUCUUUUGGCUAGUGUGGGACUGCAGCUGAAUGUAUCACAAGACAAGCCUCUUCUGAUCAACAUCAAUCCAAAGACAACUAGUGCUAGUGGUACCUGUGGUAACACAUCAGCUACUCUGAGAUUGAAUGAUGGAAAUAGCAGAUUCAUUGAUUUCAUAUUUGUGGUUAGGAACGCGAGCGCAAGUGUACGAAGAUUUUCUCUGAAAGAGGUGAAUGUGACGCUGCUCGACCAUGUGAAUGGCUCUGUCAUUUUAAGUGCAGAUAACAACAAUAUCAGCAAGUGGGAUGCUACCCUUGGUGUUUCCUAUAUGUGUCAAAAAGAGCAAACUCUUGAAAUCAGUGAAAAACUCGAAAUAAAUACUUUUAAUCUAAGGAUUCAGCCAUUCCUCGUGAAGGAAAACAAGUUCUCUAUAGCUGAAGACUGCAGCCCAGAGGUGGACAACUUCAUUGUACCUAUAGCAGUAGGAGCAGCUUUGGGAGGAUUAGUUGUCCUAGUGCUAUUGGCUUACUUUUUUGGUCACAAGAAACACCGCAAUGCUGGAUACGAGCAAUUUUAAAUGGGGAAGUUUUACUUUAUUAACAGAAGUGAACUCAAAACACAGAUCAGCAACUUGCAUGCUGAGUCAGGCAAGCUCUUUCUUAAACCUAGCUCAUGGUUAAGAAGUGAUGCAGCCUUUAAUGUUGUGGUUUAUAUUUGAAGCUAACAAAUUGCAUUGAACAUGUUCUGGUUCAUAAUCACUGAUAAAUUUUCAAUUCUUCAAAAUACUACAGUUUGAAUUUCAGAAUCUUGAGGAUACAGAGUGGCAUUAUGUGAAUAAACAGUUUUGUUCUAGUCUGUGGGAAUAGCACUUAACCAAUAUUGUAUAUGUUUGUGGGCGUUGAAUAUUAAUGUAUAUAAUCAAUUAUAUACUGCAGUUUGUUUUGAUUCACUGUGCCUUAUAUACAGUUUGCUAAAUAUUAAAACUGUGCUAUGAGAUAUCUGGACUGCUGGUCUUUUUAGCUUAAAGAUGCUAUACUGGUAGUC